AGAACUGAGCGGAGCAGGAAAAGUUUUUAGGGGGAACUUAGAAGUUGGUAUUACAUCGGAACUACGUGAUGAAAAGUAAAAGCGCUCAUAUGCCGAGUCAGAGAGUUUAAAAGCCAGCGUUGCCGUUGAGGGACAAUGGGACUCCCCACUUUGGAGUUCAGCGACUCUUUCCUGGACAGUCCGGACUUCAGAGAGCGUCUGAAAUGCCAUGAAAUAGAGCUGGAGCGGACAAAUAAAUUCAUCAAAGACCUCAUUAAGGAUGGGAAUAUGCUAAUCACGGCGCUCAAGAAUCUUUCUGCUGCCGUCCAGAAGUUCUCCCAGUCCCUGCAGGAGUUCCAGUUUGAGUGCAUAGGUGAUGCAGAGACAGACGAUGAGGUGAACAUUGCCCAGUCAUUCAAAGAGUUCUCCCAGCUGCUGAACACUGUUGAAGAGGAAAGAAGACGUUUGAUUCAGAAUGCAGACGAUGUUUUGAUUACUCCUUUGGAAAAAUUUCGUAAGGAGCAAAUCGGCGCUGCGAAGGAAGGGAAGAAAAAAUUCGAUAAGGAAACAGAGAAAUACUACUCCACACUUGAGAGACACCUCAACUUGUCAUCCAAAAAGAAGGAGGCAUAUCUGCAGGAGGCUGACACGCAGAUUGAUAAGGAGAGACAACUCUUUUAUGACGCGUCCCUUGAGUAUGUCUUCAAAAUACAAGAAGUGCAAGAAAAGAAGAAAUUUGAGUUUGUUGAGCCACUCCUGGCCUUUCUUCAGGGUUUGUUUACGUUCUACCAUGAAGGAUAUGAGCUGGCUCACGAAUUUGAGCCGUACAAACAGCAGCUCCAGUUCAACCUGCAAAAUACAAGAAACAAUUUUAUGAGCACCAAGCAGGAAGUGGAGAAGCUGAUGAAGAGGAUAAGGUCAGCAGAUCAGGACUAUAAACCCCCCGGCCAGUGGACGAUGGAAGGCUUCUUGUAUGUCCAGGAGAAACGUCCUCUGGGAUGCACUUGGACACGUCACUACUGCACUUACGAGAAAAGCAGCAAGACAUUCACCAUGAGCAACACUGAAAACAAGUCAGCGGGCAAACAGAACGGUCUGGUCCAGAAUCAGCCAGAGGUGUUCAAGCUCAAGUCCUGCAUUCGGAGGAAAACCGACUCCAUUGACAAGCGUUUCUGCUUCGAUAUUGAAGUGGUGGAGAGAAAUGACAUCUGUCGUGGAACUCUUUUCAGGCCGCUUCAGUUUUUCUGUAAAGUCCGGCAUGGCGUUAUGACACUGCAGGCACUGUCAGAGUCCAACAGGAGACUGUGGCUCGAGGCCAUGGAUGGCAGGGAGCCGAUUUACAACCUGCCAGCCAUAUUAAGCAAAAAGGAAGAGACGUAUCUUAAUGAGGCAGGCUUUAACUUCAUAAGGAAAUGCAUUGACCUGGUCGAGAUGAGAGGCAUAAAUACAAUGGGACUGUACAGAAUUGGAGGGGUCAACUCUAAAGUACAGAAGCUGAUGACCACAGUCUUUUCAUCCAAGGCACCUGUGGAUCUGGACCUGGACCCAGACAUGUGGGACAACAAAACUAUCACCAGCGGCCUGAAGAAUUACCUCAGGUGCCUCUCUGAGCCUCUAAUGACUUUCAAGCUCCACAAAGAUUUUAUCAUGGCUGUCAAGUCCGAUGACCAGAACUACAGAGUGUGUGCUGUCCAUGCUUUGGUUCAUAAGCUCCCUGAGAGAAACAAGGAAAUGCUGGAGUUACUAAUAAAGCAUCUUGUCAGAGUUUCUGCACAAAACCAGUCUAACCUGAUGACAGUGUCAAACCUGGGCGUCAUCUUCGGCCCCACAUUGAUGCGGUCACAAGAGGAGACAGUCGCCGCCAUGAUGAACAUCAAGUUCCAGAACAUUGUGGUGGAAAUACUUAUUGAAAAUUUCAACAAGAUCUUCCACCAGCCUCCAGAUCCCAAUGUGCCUCUGCCCCAGCCUCAGAGCCGGCCUGGCUCUCGCAGGAGCAGGGCCAUCUGUCUGUCUACAGGGCCCCGGAAACCCCGGAGCCUCUACACGCCAACACUGUGCCUUGCAGAUGCAGACAGUGACACUUUCAGCAGCAGUCCAGACAGCACCCCCAUGGGGAGCAUGGAGUCUCUGUCUUCCCAUUCCUCUGAGCAAAAUACCUCCUCCAAAACAGCUUCCUCUAGACAGAGGACAUGUCAGGACAAACCACUCCUGGAUCUCCACCGGACACCUUCACAGCUGUCAAAUGGCCCCCAGAGUGCUGUGUUUGUCAGCAGUCCUGAGUCCAGCUCCAGGGAGGACACAGGGCGCACAGAUGGAGAGUCAGAGGAUGCUCUCAGCUUGUCCUCAGUCAGCACAACGCCAAGGCUGUCUCCUGCACCCAAAAAAGCCCCACACUGCCGUACUGACCUCAGGCCAGAGCUGCUGAACCGCUUCACUGCGCCCUCUCUCAGAUCACUUCAUGUCUCCGAAGGCCACAAGAGCUGCUCCGGAUCUGUCCAAAGUUUAACAGCACUGGUGUCCAAGGAGAGUCUAAAGCCUACUGAGCACCCGGUCCUUCCUCCAAAACAAGUGAUCCGCCGCAGGAUGGACACUUCAGUCAGCAACGGCUACCAAAGACCAGGCUCAGUAGUGGCUGCCCGAGCGAUGCUUUUUGAAAACGCCUCCAACCAACAGUCUGCUCCAGUUGGAAGAGAUGCCAAGGCAAUGUAUUCCUGCGAGGCGGAGCACAGCCAUGAGCUCAGCUUCCCACAGGGGGCGCACUUCUCAAACGUCUACCCCUCUGUUGAACCGGGCUGGCUCCAAGCAACAUACGAGGGAAAAACAGGUUUAAUCCCAGAGAAUUAUGUUGUCUUCCUCUAACAGGUGGUAAACUUUGCAUCUUUUCAUGGUAUCCAUGGAAAAAGAAAUACACACAAUGUGGUUAAUUGUUGUCCCUAUUAUUAUACUGAUGCAUAUUAUGCAUUUUUAGCAGACAUCAGGCAGGUCAGUGAUUGCUGAAACAAGUCCAAAUACAGACGUCCCUGUGUGGAGCGACUGUUGUGAAAUGUUUCUGUGCAGAGGCUCAGAAUAAAAGGGUAGGACAUUAUUGUUAGAUGUAAUUAUGUUACCCACCAGCUGCACUGAGAGUCACAUUAUUAACCUACAAAAUCACCAAACAAUCAUAUCCCAUUUCACACAUUUUAUUCUCAGAAAAAUAUCAUCUUUUAACUUCCCA